AUGGCAUCAUUAGAGCGGCUCCGCAAGAACCGUGGCGUCGUCAGGGCCAGCGUCACACGAACCAUUACGCUUUUGAUCGACGAACUUCAGGCCACGGCUCCCCAUGCCGCUCAAUUUGAUUCGCACGUUACAUACCUGACUCAGAAGAACGUCGAGCUCGGCAACCUCAACAAGCAAAUCCUCGACGCCACGGACGAUGACGCUUAUGACGAAGAGCUCGGGGCCGCGGAAGACUACGACCGGAAGGUGUCCUAUGCCGUGUCUCGAGCGCGCUUCUUCCUGCGCGAACACGCCAACACAGCGACGGCAACGAGGACUGCAAGUGGCGCCGCGAAGAGUGCCAUCGAAGGCAUUAGACUCACGGAGGACAAUGAUGCGAUCGCCAUCAGAACCUUGACGGAGCGAUUUGGUCGACGCGACUUGCUCAUCAACGAGCACAUCGGCCACCUGCUCGCCUUACCACCAGUCAAGUCUUCGGCAGAUGUCGACAAACUUCACCUACUCUACGACAAGGUACAAUUUCGCGUCUCGGCACUGACCGGUUUGGGCGUCUCACCCGACCAGUACAACGUGGUUCUCAACCGCGUCCUAAUGAGAUGCCUGCCUGACGACCUCGCGAUCCUCUACCGGCAGAAGUCCAAAGAAGCCGCGCAGGAUACGUCCGGUACAGCGACCCCCGAAGAAAGAGCUCGUCAGGAUGCAGAAAUGCUAAGCUUCCUGCGCAUACAAAUUGAGGUUCGAGAAGAAGGCAGGCCAGGACGAACACCGUCUGCUUUCUCGCGGUUACUGCCCGAAGAAGAUGUCGAACCUCCGUCAGCACCGAUAGGACAUUUGCCUACAGCGUCCGCCCUUGCUGCCGAAUCUGUUGCAGUUACGGAAGAGGUGUGCCCCUUAUGCAGCAGUUGUCAGCACACCAUCGCGGACUGCAACGUUCAACUCUCAGCUGAGGAAAAACGGGCUCGGUUGCGCACUGCUCGUUGCUGCUACCGUUGCGGCUUGCAAAACCACAUGGCGCGUUUUUGCCGACGUGCGCGCAGCAUCAUCUGUAGUAAGUGCAACCGACGACAUCUCACUAUCCUCUGUGAAUUGUUCACGCUCGCAGCCCCUACCCGUGCAAACGCGAUGACAGUGAACCAAGACGAGCCUCGCAUCGCCGGGCGAGGCACGAACACGCCGUCAGUGACAUCGGCCCCAAGCGCCCUGAGCGGAAUCAACGCCGUUCUUCUCCAAACAGGACGAGUCUGGAUCGAGUGCGAGUCCCAAGAUCGUCUCGUGCGCAUUCUUCUUGACAGCGGUAGCCAGCGCACAUUCAUCCGAGCGGAUGUCUCAAAGGACCUCAGAUGCCCGGUUAUCGGAACCGAAGAACUUUCCUUGGUGACGUUCGGCCACUCGAUGCCCCGCGAAGUAAUGCGCAGUCCACGGGUAGCUUUGACUUUACGAGGCCAACGUAGGGACAUAGCGGUAACCGUGCAGGCCUUGGAGGUCCCCGAAGUGUGUGCAGUUACAAGCCCGCCGCUCAGCACUGAUAUUUUGCAGCUUUUGUGCGACAAGAACUAUGAUGCAGCAGACUACUUUCAUCCCGACACAUGGCACCCACAGGAAGUAAGCGUAUUACUUGGUUCCGACGUCUACUGGAAGGUCGCGACUGGAAAGGUUGCUCAUUUAACCAGCAACCUGACGGCCGUGGAAACCAAGUUCGGCUGGACCGUUCAGGGCACCACGGAACGCGAAAGAAGUUCAGCAUCUACGAGCGCUCUAUUCCUGCACUGCAGCACGAAGUCAGUUCCUGACUGUGAUCUUUCUGCGAUGUGGCGUCUCGACGUCAUCGGGAUCAAAGCACCUGCUCAGGAAAAGAGCAAGGUUCCGCCAGAACUUGAGGCAUUUGAAGAGGGCAUUGUCAAGCUAGACGGGCGCUACCAGGUGCCGCUGAUGUUAAAGGAUCCAGGAAUACCUGCCGGCAGCGACAAUCGAUGGUUGGUGGAGCGCCGUCUGCAAGCACAAUUAAAUAGGUUCAGACCACAGCCCGAACUCCUCAAGCAGUAUGACACGGCAAUCAGAGCGCAUUUUAACGAGGACCACGCAGAGCGAGUUGAAGAAGAGCUACUGCCAAGAGAAAAUGUGUAUUAUAUGCCUCAUCAUGCCGUCAUACGAAGAGAGGCCGUUACGACAAAACUUCGGGUGGUGUUUGACGCUUCCUCGCACGCGCUUGGCCAUCCUUGCCUGAAUGAUGUUCUGUUCAAGGGUGGUCGGAGCUCCAUGUCUCCGAGCGAAGAUAAACUGGGGGCCCGCGACUACGACAGUUCCGACUUUAAGAUGGUACUGGUCGCUUGCAAGGAAGUUCGUGAGGUGGAUCCCGAUGUGGAACCUGAGAUCUGA